AUGUACUCGAUCAUACAGUCUUCUUUCGAUGAACGUGCACCAGGAGUCAAGAUGUUCAUCUUAAAGAAGCCCACGAAGCUUGACUGGGAGCAUGGUUAUCUCUUUCAAGCAGCUGGAAAGCUGCAAGAAGACAUGGGGAAAGCGUUCAAAUCGAAGAAGCACCCCUUCUACGUUGACGGGAAAUUGGUCCUUGACUACAAAAGCAUCACCUUUGCAUCGCAAAUCUCCCUCAACUCCUUGGGCAAAGAGAUCAGCAAACACACGGCAGACAGGCGUGCCGUCAUCAUUGCAGCGUGCGACGUGAAGGAAGUCCUCGAGGUGAAGAAGGUGGUUCGGGAACACAAUAGCAACAAAGAGCGGCAUGGAUCGCACGGGCGCGCAAAGUUCGCUUUCAUGCCGCUGUUCAAAGACGACCUCCCACAGCGUGAGGGCGAGGGCGUCAAGCGGUUCAAGUGGUAUUCGUUCUACCGCUUCUCGGUGAUGGCCAAAAUGCAGAUUGCUGUGGAUGAGGGGGCCACCGGACUGAAGCUGUUGGGCAUCCAGCCAGAUGUGAGCAAUGACAUGACGGUGCUCGAAUAUCCCGCUUUGGAGGAGGAUCUGAACAAGGCAAGAAGAAACGAGACGUACCCUUUUAUUGCUGUAGACGACGAAAAGCUGCUGCUGGACGCAGAAGAGUUCACAAUGGAGCGCAUCCGGCUCGAGGACCUUCGUCCGAAGGGUGGAGCAUCUUCCUACUUGGACCAGAACACUAACGACAUGAAUGCUGUGAUUAUUGUUUCGGCGACUGAUGCUGAUGGAAAGGAAGCCGCCAAAGUCGUAACAGAAUUUCACAAACGACACAGGGGCACCCGACAGGUUAUGCGCGCUUGGGCCACCGCCGGAGACGAGUACGAUGACUGGGGCGGGGACCACGGCUCGCAGCCUAACGCUUUAGGGUGGGUUUUCAGGUUGUUAAGAUUGUGA